AUGGGCCACUCGAUGCCUCUUGUCGGUCAUAGUCUGGCCAUCUUUAUCUGUGCGGCGGUAAUGAUGGGCGUUAGCAUUAUGGCGGUCGCAUUACGCACAUUUGUUCGUGUUUAUACCGUUCGUGCUUUUGGAUGGGACGAUGCUCUGAUGGUAAUCGCGCUGGCAUUGUUUAUAGCCCUGGAUGCAUGCUGGAUGGUUGCAUCCAAGCGAGGUGUUGGCCACAAGAAUGAGGACUUUACUGAUAUUCACACAAUGGAGCAGGCUCUUCUGUGGUGGUGGCUCUGUCAAAUGCUCUAUAGUUGGUCUGCCGCUAUUACCAAAACAUCGAUUUCUAUCGCCCUACUCAGACUAGCUGUACACAAAGUGCAUCGCAUGGUUCUGUGGACAGUCACCGGCCUUGUGAUAGUCGCGGGGGUAAUGAUAUGGCUAGUCUUCCUCGCCGGCUGCCAACCAGUCUCGUAUUUCUGGUCGCACGUCACUCCGAACCAUCAUGGUACCUGCAUGCCUCGGCAAAUCUUGUUGGACAUUGGCUAUCUCUACAGUUUUCUCAUUGUGUUCUCCGAUAUCACCCUUGGGAUCAUGCCCGCCGUUCUGAUCUGGCACCUGCAAAUGAAUCGGCGGACAAAAAUUGCACUAGCAGGAGUCCUCAGCCUAGGAGCCUUAGAGAGCGUCGCAGUGAUCAUCCGAAUCCCAUACCUGCAUACCUACCAUGACCCCAACCUUCUCUAUGCAACCUACCAAAUCGACUUUUGGUCCAUCAUUGAAAUCGGAAUCGGCAUCACGGCUGGGAGCCUCGCCACCCUUCGCCCUCUAUUCAUCUGGGUCUUCGAUACCCGGUCCCACUACGGAGGCAAUUCCCGCGGGAAAAAGCGCAGCGAACAACCACUCCCCCUUUCCAACCUCUCAAUGGAUACCGAAAGGCUACAUGACCCAAGCAACUGGCGAGCGGACUUCGCUCCAGGCAAGUCGCACAGUCGCUUAGUAACCACCGUCUCAUCCCGCGUGAGCUAUCCUAAUAAUAGCAGGGAGGCUUUGACAUUGAGUACGGGGUCAUGGCAGGCCCUGUAUCAGGUUAAUAUCCAGACAACAUUCAAAAUAUCGGAGGGAGUGGAUACAAUGAUAUGA